GCGAAAGAUGGCGGGGCGAAGUGUUGGUCCCCGGGUCAGUUCAAACAGACUCCGGGGUGCCGACUAGCUUCUCAGCAGGCCAGAGAACGCGAAACCUCAUUUAACUUCGGGUCUGAAAGUCUCUUUCUCUUUUACAGAGACGGAACGUUUCAGGCACUCCGCUCCCGCCGCGAGUUCAGCAAUCUGCUGCGUCUCGACCGGACCUCCUUGCCAGGGAGGAAGAAUAUAAUUGCAGCAAUACCCCCAGACCAAAGCAGGCUUCUCCCUCAUCCUGUCCCACUCCUGCCCCCAUUUGGAGUUGAUCCCAAGAAGAUGAAUAGUGGAACUGAAUUGAACCCACACAAUUUAUUCUACCCAUAUAAGUCAUUACACCUGAAUGAGGGCCAGAGACAGGCCAAGAGUUACUGUUUGAAUUUCUACCACAAAAGAUGAGGAAUCAUGAAGAGUUGGAGGCGUUUGAAUGCAGAAUUAGAGGCAAAAACAGCUGAUCUGGUUCGUCAAGCUGAGGAAGUAAUAAGAGAUCAGCGAGAAGUACAAUCAAGGCCGGUCUCAACACAAAUUAUAUCAUAUGAAAAGGAAGACGAUUGCAGUUUAAGAGGUCUGUUGUCUGAAGGGAUAGUUCAUCUACAUUCAGAAACUAAGCCGAAAACCAAAAAUGUUGAUGCAGUAAACAAGGUUCAAAACAAACUGCGCUCUGCAAAUAAAGGAAGGAAAACAAAUUCAAGUAUAAAAUUGAAAUACUCUGAUGUACAGACUGCCAAUGAUGUUGCUAUUCCAGAGGAUUUUUCAGACUUUUCUCUUGCAAAAACAAUUAGCAAACUUGAAGGGCAACUGGAGGAAGAAGGUUUGCCUGAUUAUAUAGAUGAUGAUAUUUUUUGUGGUGUUAGUAAUGACAUUGGAACAGAAGCCCAGAACAGAUUUUUAAAGGCCAAACUCCGUGUUAUGCAGGAGGAAUUGGAUAAUGUUGUAUAUGAAUGCAAUAAAAAGGAAAAUGAAAUUCAGGAUUUAAAGUCUCAGAUAAAAAACUUUGAAGAAGAUUGUGUGAGACAGCAGCGAACAAUUAAUUUGCAACAGUCUCAAACAGAAAAAUAUAAAACUCUUUUUGAAGAGCUAAAUAAAAAAUGUGAUGGAUUACAGCAACAGCUGUCUUCAGUAGAAAAGGAAUUAGAAAAUAAAAGAAGACUACAAAAACAGGCUGCCAGUAACCAAAGUGCUACAGAAGUUCGGUUGAAUAGAGCUCUAGAAGAGGCAGAAAAGUAUAAACUGGAGUUAAGUAAAUCAAGGCAAAAUAACAAGGAUAUAGCCAAUGAGGAACACAAAAAAAUUGAAGCAUUAAAAUCAGAAAACAAGAAGCUAGAAAAACAGAAAGGAGAAUUAGUGAUAGGGUUCAAGAAACAAUUAAAAUUAAUUGAUGUUUUAAAAAGGCAGAAGAUGCAUAUUGAAGCUGCCAAGAUGCUGUCCUUCACCGAAGAGGAAUUUAUGAAGGCAAUUGAAUGGGGAAAUUCAUAAAUGAUCUACUUUAUAAUUAAAGUAUACAGAAUUUGUAUGUCUGUAUAACUGUAUGAUCCAUAUACAUUUUAUUUUACUAUAGUUUUAAUGACAUUUUUACUCUUUAUAAGUAAUGAAGAUAUUUGGUAAUGAAAUCAAAGCAACUCCAGUGAAUUCCCUGUUCAGAUUUAGGGGAUACAAAAUUGAUAUGUAAUUAUUAGAAAAGUAAUAUUUUGUAAAAUAAUGGGAUUUAACUUUUGAUUCUUAUGACCCACUUACACUCUAAUGUAAACUACUUUAUGUUCUGGAGAUUCAGCUCUAGUUCAUAAAUGAUAAAUUUAUUUGAUACAAAUUCUGUUUUUAAGUUUUUAUUGACAAUAAAGCACUUUGAAAUUCUUCACUCUUAACUAUUCUCUUUCCUUAUAGUAGAAAGAAAAAGAUACUUUGGCUGGCCAAAUCCCGGAAGUAAAGUUCCUAAAACACAAAUACCAAUGGAACUGUAGUCUGAAUGGCAAUGCAGAAAAAGCUCUGAGCAGCAGGAGUAGUAUGGAGAAGUUAGUCUCCUGGGUUUGGCCUCUAAUGUAUUUAUAUUUAUAUAGACUGUCCUGAUG